GCGGAGCUCAAGGACCUUGCGUCGCUGGUGAAUCCCUUCAUCGGCACGUCGAUCGCGACGUACGGCAACGUCUUUGCGCAUCGGUGCCCUUUGGCAUGGCCAAGAUCGGCAUCGACCUUGACAACACCUAUGCGCCGAGUGGCUACAACGACGACCCGAACGCGCCCGUGCGCGGCAUGUCGCUGCUGCACGAUUCGGGCACCGGCUCGUCGUCGGGCAGCUACGGCAACUUUGAGUCGAUGCCCAUCGUCUGUGAUGGCGGCUUUCAGAACUGCCCCGUGUCGCUCGAUGCGCGCGCCGUGAACCGCACGAUUCCCGGCAAGGACAUUGCCAGCCCGGGCUACUUUAGCACGACGCUGCAGAACGGCGUGCAGAUGGAGGCCACGAGCACGCGCCGUGCCGGUCUCAUCCGCUACACAUACCCGCUCUCGACGUUUGCCAAGGCUCGCGGCGGCACGCCGACGAUCGUGUUCGACUGCUCCAACGACCUGCCGGGCACGUGGCGCGGCGGCAAGUGCCAGCUCGACAAGGCCAAGGGGCGCAUCAUGCUCAGCGGCACAUGGGGCAGCUCGUUUGCCAGCGGCAUCUUCUCGUACAAGGCGCACGCCUGCUACGACCUUACCAACAGCGGCGCCAAUGUCAUCGACCAGGCGGGCCUCUGGGCCGCCGACCGCUUCGGCAUGAGCGCCGUAGACGAGAGCAAGACGUACGCGAACCUCACGCGCAACACCAUCGGCGGCCAGCCGAUCCAGACGGGCGCUGUGGUGAGCUUCAAGCAGUACCCCACGGUCAAUGGCCUCGACGCGCAGAUCACCUUCCGCGCCGGCGUCUCCUUCGUCUCCGCCGAGCAGGCGUGCCAGAACGCCGAGUCCGAGGUGCCGGCGUUCGACUUUGACGCCGUCGUGGCGCAGUCGCGCGCACUGUGGAACGAGAAGCUCAACCGCGUGCAGAUCAGCAACGCCACGAACAGCACUGUCGCCACGAUGCUCUACACAUCGCUCUACCGUGCCUCGCUCACGCCGAACAACGCGACUGGCGAGACGCAGGGCGCAUACGUCGGCACCCAGGCGCCCUACUUUGACAGCCUCUACUGCACCUGGGACACGUUCCGCACCUUCUGGCCGUGGAACUCGCUCACGAGCCCGCGAGAGUUUGGCGAAGUGACGGCGACGUACCUCGACGCCUACGACAAGGAGGGCCACAUUCCCGAGUGCCGCGCCAACAACGUGCCCGGCCUGACGCAGGGCGGCAGCGACGGGACCAACGUCAUUGCGGACUUCGCCGUCAAGUACGCCAAGUAUGCGCCGCAGCUGGGCGUCUCGCUCGACCAGGCGUGGCAGGCGCUGCGCAACGACGCCUUCACGACGCCGCCGGAGUGGAACAACUUUGGGCGCCAGGUCGACGUGUUCCGGCAGUACGGCUACGUCCCCUUUGCUGUCUUUACCAACAGCACCGGCCGCCAGACGCGCGAGGCCUCGCGCACGCUCGAGUACGCAUACAACGACUUUGGCAUCCACAACGUCGGCCUGCUGCUCGGCAAGGCCGGCGGCGAGAUGGACGCGCUGCUCAAGGGCGCCCUGUCGUACAAGAACACCUUCAACAAGGACAUCCAGAGCCGUGGCUUUUCUAACUUUGUCGCAAAGCGUCGCGUAGAUGGAAGUUUCCCGGAAUUGGACCCCACCACAUGCUCUCCCAUCGACCCGUCGAACGAGAGCGUGUGCAGCCUUCAACAGGAGAACACCAGCGGCACUUAUGAGUCGAGCAGCUGGGAGUACUCGCUGUUCGCGCCGCAGGACUUUGCCGGCCUGAUCCAGCUGCUGGCCGGCGGCUCGCGCGAGGACUUCAUCAAGCGCGUGGACGAGUUCUUCAGCGCCGGCAUCUAUCUCGCGGGCAACGAGCCGUCGUUCCAGACGCCCAUCGUGUACCACUACGCCAACGCGCCGGCGCUCAGCGCCGAGCGCGUGCGCUCCGUCGUCGCGCAGAACUUCAACGCCGGCGGCGGCGGCAUCCCGGGCAACGACGACCAGGGCGCCAUGGCCACGCUGCUGCUCUUCCACCUCGCCGGCCUGUACCCGGUGCCCUCGACGCGCGAAUUCCUCAUCGUCUCGCCCUUCGUGCCCCAGUACACGAUCUUCAACGAGCUGCUCGGCAGCUUCACCGUCACGGCCGCGAACUUUGACGAGCGCAGCCUGGGCGAGACCCGGCCCAACGACGCGCGUCUCUACGUCGAGAGCGUCGCGAUCAACGGCGUCGUGCAGGCCUCGCGCUGCCGCAUCAACUUCGAGCAGCUGCUGCCCGGCGGCGGCGUGCACACCGACAUUACCCUCACCAUGACGGCGGACAAGGCCUCGGCCAACAGCUGCGGCGCCAGCGACGCCGAGCUGCCCAGCUCGCUCUCGACGGGCGGCUUUGCCAAGUUCUGAGCGUCUAGCAUGAGAGGUCGAUGGCGCCCAUCGCAGCUCGGGAUCUCCUCGAGCACGCAGCGCCUCGCAGCACGCUCACAGACUCCAGUAAUAUUUAUGCCUUCCCUUCCGCUUGACGCGGGCUCGCCGUGGCACACAGCAAUUCGGAGGCCCGGUGACGGAAAGAGCGGCCCGGAUCUGCCGGAGGCGUAGGAGCAGCCAGCGGUGCGCGCAGCACGCUCUGGUGGCUCUAGCGAG